AUGGAGAUUUCGGUCGAUGCAGAGGCCAUUCCGUCAGUGGAGGCUACGGGCGGAGCGGUGGCGGUGGCGGUGGUCGGCUGGACAGCAGGCCUCCUGGUGGUGCGACGGGCGGUGGCGGCGGGGCGCCUGGGCGGGGCGGGACUGGCGGGGAAGCGGGCGUGGGAUCUGGCCUUUGAUCACCUCAACCACAUCCAUGCUUGUCUCACCACAGGCCUGGCGGUGGCCAUCAUGGCCAUCGAUGCGCGCAUCCUCGCCAUGGCGCCCAUCGUCGACACAUGGAGCCGUCCGCUCCACUGGACCACCUGCGGCACCGUCGGCUACCUCGUUGUCGACGUCAUCAUGCAGCCGCUCAUCAUGCGUGCAGAGACCGCCAACUGGGACUACUUUGCCUUUCACGCCUCCAUUCUCGUCGGUUUUGCUUCGUGUCUCGCUACUCAUCGCGGUGGUGUCGUCGUCGCGUGGGGCCUCUUUUCCGAGAUCGACUCGGUUGUCAAGGGCUGGCAGCUCCAGCUCCACCAUCACUUGCGAACAAGCCGACCUGAGCAGCGCAUCCGCUGGGCGCCCUGGCACAAACGCCUUGCCCUCUUUCAAGUCAUUCUCUUCUUCUUCUCGCGCGUCUUUUUCACGCUGCUCUCCUCCGAUCCGCUGCUCGCUCUCCAGGCUCUGUUGGUUGUCUCGGGCCUCGUCACAAACAGCACCUGGUUCUGGAGCGACGUCGACGAGCUGCACCGCGUCCACCACAUCUCGACCACCAAAAUCUGGGCUAUCAUCGCCGCUGCCGGCAUCCCGCUCGCGGUGGUAGUUCACUUGCUCAGGUAG